AUGGCGGACUGCAAGAAGAUGACUACUACCACCAGUUCAUCUUCUGAGAACAAGGAGAAGUUUCUGCUGGCUCCCCCAGCCCCAGCCUCCGACUCUGCCCUCUCGUUAGAGUGGGCAGACAGCCUCAACCAUAAGAACAGAAGGCGAAGCACCAUUCACUCGUAUACAGUCGCCGUCUACCACACGCUGCCCAAAGAUGCUAAAGCCAUGAAAGAAAUUCGUGCAAUGACGUCAUCAAAAGCUGCGAAGAACCUUGUCUCCAUCAGUGUGGCCUUUAUGUUGAUAUAUACAGGCUUUGUAUCGCUACAGAGCCUGCAGAGCAGCUUGUAUCGCCAUGGAGGACUGGGAAUGGUGUCUCUGAGCGUCAUCUACGGUACCACUGUCCUCUCCUGUCUGCUAGCCCCCUGGCUUAUCAACCGCUUGACCACCAAAUGGACAAUGGUCUUGGCGUUCUCCAUAUUCACUGCUUACUUCGCUGCCAAUUUCUACCCUCGUCAUUUCCUGCUGCUCCCUCUGAGUGUCCUUCUCGGCGCCUUGGCCGGUCCUAUGUGGAGUGCCCAAGCCACUUACGUCACAACUCUAGCUCUAACCUACGCCCAGCACAAACGGGUGGUGUUCGAAUCCGACGACAUCAUUAACCAGUUUAUGGGAGUGUUUUUCGGGUUUUACCGCUGUAGUCAAAUAUGGGGCAACCUUAUAUCCACCUUAAUUUUGACUAAAAACGAAACGGAAUUUGUACAAAAUUCCACCCACGAUUCAUUAUUAGAUUUAGACGUUACCGGAAAGGGAAUUACGAAUUUUUCACAAGUGUUAUCCUUUAUUGCAUUCGCUUCAAUAAACAAGAAUGUGGAGGAGAAUUCUCUGUCUUCGAUGGCUGACGAUGAGAAAAGUCAGUGUGGCGCCAAAACGUGUUCUUGUGCCGACGCAGCCUCGCGUCCAGCUGACGGGACGUACAGUAAUGACCUCAACGAUCUGGCAGCGUCCAUCUCCGACUCCACGCGCUACAUGCUGCUGACCACUUACCUGGCCUGCGGGGUUAUGGCAGCGGUGGUCAUUGUGGCGCUUCUGGACCAGGUCCCCGUAGGGAAGACUGAGGCCGACCCAGAGUUCUCGCAGUCCUCCUGGGAGCUGUGUUUAGCCACUAUCCGCAUGCUGAAAGACACCAAGUGUCUGCUGUUGAUGCCCUUGGUAAUCUUCGUGGGUCUCGAACAAGGGUUCAUGUUUGGAGAUUUCACAAAGGCCUACGUUAACUGUGCCAUGGGAAUGCACAGAAUUGGACCAAUCCUGAUUUGUUUUGGAACCGUCAGCGCUAUAAGCUCCAUCACCAUUGGUUGUUUCUCCAAGCACAUCAAGAGGUUUGCCUUCAUCGCUGCGGGAGCCACUUUCAACGUCGGCCUGCUAAUUGUUCUCUGGCUGUGGAGGCCUUACGAACACGACGUGCCAAAUUUCUACGUGGUAGCUUCUUGUCUUGGCUUGUGUGAUGCCAUCUGGCAAACUCAGACCUACACUCUGUUUGGAGUGCUCUUCAGCCACAAGCAAGAGGCCGCCUUUGCUUCCUACCGGAUGUUCCAUGCCGGCGGCUGCGCAAUGGCGUUCGGCUACAGCUACUUCCUGUGUGUGCAGACGAAAGUGUUUAUCUUGGCGGGAAGUCUGGCUGUGUCCUUGGCCUUGUACAGCGUCAUCGAGAUGAAGAUGCAGCUACAGAGUCAGCAUAUCGGAGAUAUUGUUGCAUUAUGA